AUGGCCACAAGGAGGAAAACUACGGGAAAUGAAUCCUCAUUGUCUAAACGAGACGACGAUGCUCCGCUAGCUCCUACCGAGCCGACUACUUGGGGUGGAAUUGCGAGGGCAUGGCCAAAGACGACAUUUUGCAUUGUGUCAAACGAGUUCUGCGAGCGCUUUUCUUUCUAUGGGAUGAGAAGUGAGGAUUUUUCUUCGGUUACA